CAAUCAGUAUCCUCCUCGGCCGGCAGUGCCGCACGACUUCCCUCUCAGGCCAAGUGAGAGCUGCUUCUCGCAGGCUCUCUUUCGUUUCAUCAAUGGCGUCUUGUAUCUCUCUCCUCCCUCGGACCACUCUUCUCUCCAGCUGGACGAACCAAAUAUGUUGUCCGUCGAGCCUCUUUCAGAGAGAUUUUUUGUGGCCAUGUGUCUGUUUCCGGAGUCGAAAAUGGAAGUCUAAGCUUUAUCCUGUUCCUGCGCGCCAAUUUGUGUCGGGGCCCUUUGGUUCAGAAACUUCUUCGAAGGAGCUGAAAAAUUGUGCUACUUUCGGCUUAUCUGAAGUUCAAAGGUCUGAUCUAUUGGUAGAUACUUCCAGUAACAACAGCUUUAAUGGGAUGGAAGAUUUUGAAAAUGAGUUGCAAGAGUUGUUUAAUGAAAUCAAAACUAUGGUAAAGAUGGGGAACGUAAAAGACGCUGUAGACCUUCUUCAAGCUAAUUAUCUUGCCGUGAAAGAACAGAUGAACGCCGGUUUGAAAGGUAUUGAACAAGCUGCUCUUCUUGACGUUAUCGCCUUGGGGUACAUGGCUGUUGGAGACUUGAAGCUUGUAAGGCCUCUGCUUGAUAUGAUAGACAGGAUUGUUGAUGGUCUGAAGGAUGACGAACCUCUUCUGGAUUCAGUACUUGUGCACCUUGGUAGUAUGUAUUCAGUGGUGGGGAAGUUUGAAAAUGCCAUACUUGUGCAUCAAAGGGUUGUUGGUAUAUUAGAGGGUAGAUAUGGUAAAGGUAGUACACUACUUGUCACACCUCUGUUGGGAUUGGCAAAGAGUCUUGGUUCUGCUGGAAAAGCCAAUAAAGGAAUAGAUGUUUACAAACGUGCGAUAACUGUUUUAGAGAGUAACAGAGGUGCUAACAGUGAGGAUUUGGUGAUUCCGUUAUUUGCACUUGGAAAACUUCUGCUAAAAGAAAAAAGAGCCACUGAUGCAGAAAUUCCUUUUACCAGAAUUUUGAACAUAUACACGAAGAAAUACGGAGAGAAAGAUGGAAGAGUUGGAAUGGCUAUGUGUUCCCUUGCUAAUGCAAAGUGUGCAAGAGGAGCUGCAGAAGACGCUAUUGAUCUCUACAGGAAUGCUCUACAAAUCAUCAAGGAUUCAAAUUACAUGGCCAUAGACGACAGUAUCUUGGAAAGCAUGAGAACAGAUCUGGCUGAGUUGCUUCAUUUGGUGGGAAGGGGAAACGAGGGACGGGAACUAUUAGAAGAAUGCUUAUUGAUCACCGAGAAAUACAAAGGGAAAAACCAUCCUAGCAUGGCUAAGCAUCUUCUAAAUCUCGCAACAUCAUAUUCACAGUCCAAGAACUUUGUGGAGGCCGAGCGCUUACUCAGGACCUGUUUGGACAUCAUGGAGAAGUCAGUCGGACCAGAGGACCAGUCAAUAACCUUCCCCAUGCUGCAUCUCGCUGUCACUCUUUCUCAGUUAAACCGGGAUGAGGAAGCCGAGAGCCUUGCCUUGAAAGUUCUCCAACUCCGAGAGAACACAUUCGGCAAAGACUCCCUCCCCGUAGGGGAAGCACUGGACUGUCUGGUGUCGAUCCGGGCAAGGCUAGGAAGAGACGACAGAGAGUUACUGGAGUUGGUGAAAAGGGUUAUGAUGAUACAGGAGAAAGAGUUUGGAUCUGAAGCAGAAGAGCUCAUUGUUACUCUGCAGAAGAUUGUGUAUUUCUUGGACAAACUGCGGAUGAAAGAUGAGAAAUUCAAGUUCAGGAGAAGAAUUGCUUUGUUAAGAGAGAAGUACAGAGAGAGCAUUCCCUAACAAAACUCCCCUUUUUUGUUAUCUGACUUGUAUUCCUUCUGUAAAGACCCACUUGAUUGUUUUAAAAAAAAAAGCUUUGAAAAGGGAGAUGUCAUGAAUACAAAACGUUGGGCCGAGUUGGGCUGCU